AUGUCCGAAGAAAUGGAAAUUGAUACCUCCCCAUCAAGUGAAACCCCACAGUCACAGGAAGUGGAGACCAAGAAAGACGCCAAGAAGAGAUUUGAGGUCAAAAAGUGGACGGCCGUGGCCUUUUGGUCUUGGGAUAUUGUGGUCGAUACCUGCGCCAUUUGCAGAAACCACCUAAUGGAUCAAUGUAUCGAAUGCCAACCGAAUAGCAUGAAUGGCCAACAGACCGAGGAAUGUAUAGCCGCCUGGGGUACCUGUAACCACGCCUUCCACUUGCAUUGUAUCACCAGAUGGUUGAAGAACAGAAACUCCUGCCCGUUGGAUUCCAGAGAGUGGGUAUUUCAAAAGUAUGGUCGUUAGUGGCUCUUUUUUCUCCGACUGCUGGCCAAUGUCCCUUGUUUAGAGCUGUAAUCGGCUUUUGCAUUAUACCUUUAUAUUAUUCACUUUAUGCGCUUUGCUAGCUUGUAGGACGUGCCACGGGUUUUAGGGAUAGAUCCUACCUUCAGCGUAAGGGCUAUUAAAUGGUAUUCUUGUUAUAGUGGCACAGAAAUGCAUUUAUCAUGGUAG